GGAUGGUACGUACCGCGGGCUUACGUGCCUCUCGCAAUUUAAUUUCUAGGGGGUAGGGACAAGGGAGCCCGUGACUCGGAGAGCGUCCACUGCCAUCGAAGUACAAGGAAGCGGAUAGCGUUGGCUCUCAGCUUCUUGCGUAAAUUUUCCUUCUAGGGAUUAAACCAUGGCACGUACAAAGCAAACAGCCCGUAAAUCAACUGGUGGGAAAGCUCCCCGCAAACAAUUAGCUACAAAAGCAGCCCGUAAAAGUGCACCUUCCACAGGAGGUGUUAAAAAGCCUCACCGUUAUAGGCCGGGUACAGUUGCUCUUCGAGAAAUCAGAAGAUAUCAGAAAUCUACUGAGUUGUUAAUUAGAAAACUACCAUUCCAGAGAUUAGUCCGUGAAAUUGCACAGGAUUUCAAAACUGAUUUACGUUUUCAAAGUGCAGCUAUAGGUGCUUUGCAAGAAGCGUCUGAAGCUUAUUUGGUUGGAUUAUUUGAAGACACAAAUUUGUGCGCUAUUCAUGCUAAACGUGUUACUAUUAUGCCGAAGGACAUCCAAUUGGCUCGACGAAUUCGUGGCGAACGGGCUUAAAUAAUAACGUGUAUUUCCCAUACAUACUGUUUAUUACUACUGCUAUUAUUAUUAUUGUUCGUAAUUAUUGUGGAUGAUAUCUUUUCAUUCCAAGAUAUGUGUUAUGUUGUAUUUCACAAAAGCAUAGAAACUAUAAGACACCCUUACGCGUGCGUACAAUUUCUAAUAUAAUUAAGUAAAAGGUUAGAUAAAAAAUAGUAUCUUUUUGAAUAUUAAGAAACUUUUGGAAAUUGAUUUUACUUAUAUGCACGAAAUAUUUUAAAAUAUGUAGUUUUAAUAUCUGAUUUCAGAAGAAUUAUCAAUACUUUAAAAACGUUUAUAAAAUAUUAAAAAAUAGGAGUAAUUGAUAUACUGAGAAAUGAUUGCUGAAAGAUUUAUUAUAUGAAUAAGCAGUUAAAAGUAAAUAAAUAUUGUUAAUUCUUUUGAAUUUACAGAGCAAAAGGUUAAGGCAAUGAUAAUUGUUUUCUCAUUAUUUGCCUACUAUUAUCAUUAAUAUCAUGAUAACAUCAUUAUUAUUAUUAUUAUUAUUAUUAUUAUUAUUAUUAUUAUUUUUAUUUUUAUUAUUAUUAUUAUUAUUAUUAUUAUUAUUAUUAUUAUUGAUAUGAUACACAGAAUAUGUGACUUAGCAAAUAAGAAAUUUAUCAUAGUGAUCUGAUGUAGUACUUGUCGUAUUAGUCUUUUGAUUGUAUUAAAAACAUGAGAUAAAAACUUGAGUAUUCAGUGUAUAUGUAAAAACAUUUCAUAAAUAAAUCUUCCAAAUUGUA